CCUGACCUUUUCCCCAGCUUUUGCUUAAUCAACCAAUGGUCAGAAAGGUGGUCGAUUCUCGAGUGGCUACACUCAUUAAGAACUGUGUGCAAACCAAGCAUCGCUCAUUCUUUGUAGUUGUAGGCGAUAAGGGAAAAGAACAGGUUGUCAAUCUGCAUUAUUUGCUGGCUCAAGCUCAAGUUACCUCACGACCAUCUGUACUCUGGUGCUACAAGAAAGACCUUGGUUUCACUAGUCAUCGCAAGAAACGUGAGGCAAAGAUCAAAAGGGAGAUCAAGCGAGGAACUCGGGAAGCCAACACUGAGGAUCCUUUUGAACUGUUUGUUACGGUUACCAAUAUUCGAUAUGCCUACUAUAAGGAGACACAAAAGAUUCUCGGUAACACCUAUGGCAUGUGUAUUCUCCAGGACUUUGAAGCUAUCACGCCCAAUACCCUCGCCCGAACCAUUGAGACUGUUGAAGGCGGCGGUAUGGUUGUUCUCUUGCUCAAGAACAUGAGCUCGCUCAAGCAGCUGUACACAAUGGCUAUGGAUGUCCAUUACCGAUACAGAACGGAAGCUCAUAACGAUAUCGUUGCUCGUUUUAACGAACGAUUCAUCUUGUCAUUGGGUUCCAGCGAGAACUGCCUUGUUGUCGACGACGAAUUGAACGUACUUCCCAUCAGCAUGGGCAAACACGUCAAGCCUCUGCCAGUUAAGAGCGCCGAGGAACAAAAGACAGAAGAGGAAAUGGAAUUGGACGAGUUGAAGGAGUCGCUUGCGGACACCGAGCCAGUGGGAUCGCUGGUCAAAUGUGCACGUACGGUGGAUCAGGCCAAGGCUGUCCUCACAUUCAUCGAAGCCAUUUCUGAAAAGUCGCUCCGCAGUACGGUUGCCUUGACAGCAGCGCGUGGUCGUGGUAAAUCCGCCGCUCUCGGUAUUGCCAUGGCAUCCGCCGUUGCUUAUGGCUAUUCCAACAUUUUUGUCACCUCGCCGAGCCCCGAGAAUCUAAAGACGCUCUUUGAGUUUGUCUUCAAGACAUUCGACGCACUCGGUUAUGAAGAACAUCUCGAUUACGAUAUCGUUCAAUCCACCAACCCUGAGUUUAACAAGGCUAUUGUCCGCGUCAACAUUUUCAGACAGCAUCGUCAGACGAUCCAGUACAUUCAGCCUCAAGACGCUCAUGUCCUCGGUCAAGCCGAAUUGCUCGUGAUCGAUGAAGCCGCUGCAAUUCCCUUGCCCAUCGUUCGCAAGCUUUUGGGCCCCUACCUCGUUUUCAUGGCAUCCACCAUCAACGGUUACGAAGGUACUGGCCGAUCUCUCUCUCUCAAGUUGAUCCAGCAGCUUCGUGAGCAGUCGCGCGGUUUCGUUGGCAAAACGGGUGGCGUUGCCAAGGAUGCCUCGGGCGAGAACGUGAUGGUGGGUCGUGACAUGGUUGCCAAGAAGCAAAUCGACGACACCGAAGGUUUGGGAGGUCGCACACUCAAGGAAAUCAAGCUUGAGGAACCUAUUCGUUACGGACCCAACGAUCCUGUCGAAAAGUGGCUGAACGAGCUGUUGUGCUUGGAUGCUUCAAUCAUAUCCAAGAACAUCCAAGGUUGCCCGCAUCCUUCCGAAUGCGAGCUGUACUAUGUCAACCGCGACACACUUUUCUCUUACCAUCCUGUCAGCGAAACAUUCCUGCAGCGCAUGAUGGCACUCUAUGUUGCAAGCCAUUACAAGAAUUCGCCCAACGAUUUGCAGCUCAUGAGUGAUGCUCCAGCUCACCAUUUGUUUGUGCUUCUUCCUCCCAUGGCUCAUGCCAGCACGAGCCUUCCGGACCCACUUGUCGUCGUGCAAGUCUGUUUGGAAGGUGAAAUCUCGCGCCAGACCGUCAUCAACUCGCUUUCGCGCGGUCAGCGUCCUGCCGGUGACAUGAUUCCUUGGCUCGUCUCGCAACAGUUCCAAGAUGAUGACUUUGCAAGCUUGUCCGGUGCACGUGUCGUUCGUAUCGCCACUCACCCCGAUUAUGCCAACAUGGGUUACGGUUCGCGCGCUCUUGAGCUCCUGAAAUCGUACUACCAGGGCGAUAUGUCUAGUUUGAGCGAGUCGACGGGUGACGAUGAGGAAGAGACCAUCACGCGUGUGGAAGACGAUGAACUGGAAAACGCUGACCUGAAGACAGAUCAAAUUAAGGUCCGUGAUCCGCUCAAGAUGCCUCCUCUUUUGACCAACUUGAGCGAAAGACGACCACCCCGUCUUGACUACCUCGGUGUCUCGUACGGUAUGACGCCCGCUUUGCACAAGUUCUGGAAACGCUCCGGCUUUGUGCCCUUGUAUGUCCGUCAAACGGCCAACGACUUGACUGGCGAGCAUACAUGUGUGAUGGUCAACACCUUGGAAGGAGGUCUUUCAAGUGCAGCUUGGUUGGAUGCGUUUGCUGGUGAUUUCUCCAGACGUUUCCUGAGCUUGUUGUCGUACCAAUUCCGUGAAUUCCCAGUCAUCAAUGCACUCAGCGUGCUUGAGGCAGCACAUCACGGUCGCCAAGAAUCGAACAGUAUCACCAAAACCCGCCUGGACAUGCACUUCUCGCCUUACGAUCUGAAGCGUCUGGACUCGUACUCGAACAACAUGCUUGAUUACCACGUUAUUCUCGAUUUGAUUCCUACUGUUGCCUUUUUGUACUUCCGCGGCGAAUUGUCCCCUGGUGUCAAGCUGUCUGGUGUCCAAAGCUCCAUCUUGAUGGGUAUUGGUCUUCAGCGCAAGUCUGUUGAAGACUUGGAAAAGGAACUGUCACUGGCUAGCAACCAGGUGCUUGCCAUGUUCGUCAAGAUUGUGCGCAAGGUCAGCCAACACUUUACCCAGGUCCAGAGCGACGCUAUCGAAGAAGAAUCGCCGGAGCUGAAGAAAAAGAAAAAGGAGAUUGAAGCAGCUGCAGCUGCCGAAGAAGACGAGGAAAUGAUGGGUACCAAGGAUAAGCGGGAUAUUGAGGAUGACGAAGCAUGGCGACCGCUCAAGCAGUCCAUGGACGAUGAACUGAAGGAAGCUGGUGACGAAGUUGUCGAUGGACUCAAGGCCAAGCAGCGCGAGAUGAUUGACAAGCUGGAUUUGUCACAGUACGCAAUUGGUGGCGAAGACAAGGACUGGUCGGCUGCUCAAGCGCAGGUGGAAGCCUUGAACAAGGGCAAAAGCAAAUCACCAGUCGUCAGCAUCAAGAACGCAAACUCGUCAAAGAAGCGCAAGAAUGUAUCUGCAAACGAGAUCAUUGCUAAAGAAAACAAACAGUUCCAACCUAAAAAAAUCAAGAUGUCAAAGAAGACCAGAAGAUCAUAAAUUUAUUGCUAUGAUAUAUCCCCCCUCACAUCCAACCCAACCCAAAGAAAAAAAGAGAAAAGGACUGCCACUUUUUCUCCGCUCAACUUCUUUUUGCAUUGUCAUUCAUUUUGUUUUUUCUGUACAGUUAGUUCAAAAGAGAGGAGAAAGUUUCCAAAUGUAAUACUUUUGAUGAAUAAAAUAUAUAUAUAAAUUAACAAUAAUAGU